CGAGAAACAUGUUCGCUAACUGAGUAAUUACGAGCAAUUGUUACGUAUACAGAUGCACGUACUAGAAUAAAUAAAUAGACUCUGACACUCCACAAAUCCGGUAUUAUUAAAGAUUUGUGUCUGUUGGAGUGCACAAAUAAUCAAUAACCAAGUUAACCAAAUUUAACCAGACAGUACAAAUAUGAAAUUUACUAUCAUUACGUUGCUGGCGAUAAUUGCGAGUACUCUUGCAGUGCCAGUUUCCGAAACAGAAAAUAAACCAGUGAAACCAGAUACGAAGCUGAAAGAUAAGCUUCGACAGGGGGAUGAGGAAGAUGGUGUUGGAGAAGUUGAACAAGUGGGCGAGCAAGUGAGUCAAAUCAUCAGCGGACUAUUUAGUGGUAACUUUGGACAAAUUUUCAAAGGGAGCACAGGCUUCAUUGAAGAUCAAGACACCGAAACGGGCGUUGACACAAUUUUAACCAGUGUCGCUCUACCCUUGAACACCAUUCUCACUCAAGGUGUACAACAAGGCCAAAAAUACUACAAUAUAACCACCCCGGCACCACCAACCAUUGUCCCACCGUCACAGAAACCGUCCUCAACUGUUGUCGUCAAUCCACUACCAAUCCAAAAUACGCAACCUCAGGUCCUUGAGCCAAUCGUGGUUCAACAACUUCCUGUAGAAACUACAAAAUUUGUAGCGGUGCCUGCACCUGCAGUUGUCACUGCGGCCCCUUUGCCUCAAGUUGUUCCUGUUGUUGUUCCUAGCAAACCUGGGGAUGAGGAAGAUGAAGAUGCAGAAAAUGAGUCUGAUGCUACAUUAAGAAAGCAAUAAGUGUUCAACAAUACUGCGUAAAAAUUAGCAACUCAUGUAAAAUACUUUUAUUUCUAAUUUGUAAAAUUGUCUCAAUUAAUUAGCAGAAAUUGUACAUCUUAAAUGAAUCUACAAUUAUACUCAUUAAAGAAUACAUACAGCAAAUUAAACAUUUUCUCACAUA